GCCAAGAACCGUAAAAGCCGUCAAGAACUGAUGCUCAAGCUAUCGGAAGGACAGAACGUCUUGUGCUGUUGGACUGAUGGGCUCUAUUACCUUGGGAAGAUCAAGAGGGUGAGCGGUUCCAAACAGAGUUGCCUGAUGACCUUUGAAGACAACUCCAAAUACUGGGUGCUUUGGAAAGACAUCCAGCACGCUGGUCUCCCUGGUGAAGAGUCAAUGUGUAACAUCUGUAUGGAAAAGACAAAAUCCCCCCUGAAUGACAUACUGAUAUGCGGGAAAUGUGGACUCGGUUUUCACCAGCAAUGCCAUAUCCCAGCGGUGAGCAGCGAUGAGAGUUCCUUGGAUUCAUCUUGGUUCUGUCGGAGAUGCAUCUUUGCCCUGGCUGUACGGAAUGGUGGAGCCCUGAGGAAAGGCACCAUUGCGAAGACGCUGCAAAGGAUCAAGAUGGUGCUGUCCUAUAACUUGCAGGAGCUGGAAUGGGACUCUCACCACAGAACCAAUCACCAGCAGUGCUACUGUUACUGUGGCGGCCCUGGCGAGUGGUACCUGAAGAUGCUGCAAUGUUACCGCUGCCAACAGUGGUUCCAUGAAGCCUGCACACAGUGCCUUAGCUGCCCAAUGAUGUAUGGAGACCGGUUUUAUGUUUUCUGCUGCGCGGUGUGCAACCAGGGUCCAGAGUACAUCAAACGUUUGUCUUUGAGAUGGGUGGAUCUCGUGCAUCUUGUACUCUACAACCUGGGUGUCCAAAGCAAAAAGAAAUACUUUGACUUUGAUGAAAUCUUGACCUUUGUCAAUCAGCGCUGGAACCUUCUGCAACUUGGGAAGCUGAAGAACACUCCAGUGGCAGAGAGAGCCGAACAUCUCCUUAAUGCACUAAACAGCUACAAAAGCAGAUUUCUGAGUGGGAAGGAAAUCAAGAAGAAGAAGUGCAUUUUCCGACUGCGGGUCCGGGUCCCACCAAGCCCACCAGACAAACUCUUGCCAGGGAAGGUCCCAGGGCCGGCUGAUGCCAAACCUCCUCAGCCGAAGGAAACAGAGAACCCCAAGUCCUCCAACCAAAGCAGAUCGACACCGCACAAUGUACAGAUGAAGAAGAAGAAGAAGAAGGGGAAAAAGGCAAAGUUCCUCUUGGAUGAUGCGAUUCCCAGUACUGAUUUUGCCUCUGCUUGGAGCACAAACCAUCACCUGGCGAGCAUCUUUGACUUCAAUGUGGACGAAAUUCAGAGCUCGAAAAGCGGAAGCUCGAGCCAGAAUUUCUUUUCUGACGUGGAUACGGCGACGGAUGCCGCCAGUACUUCAGGUUCAGCCGCAACCAGCGUGUCCUAUGAAACAAGAAGGACCCUGGGCAGCCGGAAGCGUAAGAUGACAUCCAGAAGCUACACAACUAUUGAGACGAAGCAGAAAUGUCCGGAGGGCCCCCAGAAGGUCACACCUGGCUGCUCCUCAGAAGAAAGUGAGGCAACUGGUGGCCCAGAUCGCCCAGAGAACCCCGCCCAGGGUCAUGCUUUCGGGAGCCUGGGUGAAGGCAACUCAUCGUCCUACCUCAGAUCAUCAAUCAACAACUAUUUUGGCGCUGCUGGCAGGAUGGUGUGUGGGGAGAAGUACAAAGUGUUAGCCCGUAGGGUGAACCUAAAUGGCAAAGUUGAAUACCUGAUAGAAUGGGAGGGCACUACCCCUUACUGAGUGUCUGGGGUGGUUUGCCCUUGAGAAAAGAAAGAGUUUGGGGGAAAUAAACUCAGAGGAGUCGUGCGAUCAGAUGUAAGCUACGUUAUGCUUAUUUUGGGCACUCUGGGGUGGGGUUUGGGUAAUACUUUGAUGAGGUGCCUUCAAGUAGGCUUCGUUGACAGAACGAUUUUUGUAAGCUACAGAUCAAAUGGAAUCAUGUUGCUUUGUAACACUGCUUCUCUACAAGGGUGAGAGAAGGAGUGAAUGGGUACAAACAAUGUAUUUUAUUUGUCGAAAGAAGGACAAUACCUGCCAUUUCCAGAAGGACUCUUCUCUUUCAAACGUGGUGACAGGCAGAGAGGGAAACUGAUGCUGCCAUUUUGGGAUGGGACAAAACUGUCCAGGUUGCUUAACCAAGCAGGGGUGGGUCCUUGUUCUUGGCAGGGAGGAUGAAGUGACAGAAAGAUUUAAGAAUGGGGGUGGGGGAAAGAUCCACCCACAGAAGCCAAGUUUGAUAAGUGGGCAGUCUCUCCCACUGGUGACCUGUUUCUUGCCAAUGCAAUGAUCAGCUGAUUGUUGGGGAAUUGCAUAACUCUGGGUGAUACUUUGCAAGCCCUGGCCAAUUAGCAUCAGUGCCCACAGAGCACAGUGCAUUGUAAAUACAGCUGAUUGGCGGUGCCUGCAAAAAAAGCUUUUAGCCCAGCCAUGCUUUUAACUGCCCUGCAUUUGAUGUCGGUUCAGGUUAGCUGGGCGCCAGCCAAAGCUGCUUUUAGGCUCCAGUGUCCCUUGAACCCACUUACCUAUGCUAUGCAUUUGAAACUGGUUCAAAACCAGUUUUGACAGCCAUAACUCUCCUCUGCCCAACUUUGCGGGUGGUAGUUCUGAGAGGCAGUGAGGGAAUAUUUGUUGAAGGUUCGUAGUCCCAUGCAGGACUUCUGUUCCUUAGUGGAGAGUUAAAUUGGUUUAAACUUGUAGAGUUGAGGAGACAUUCAAUAAAAGAUUCGCUUAAAGCUUAUCUAACCCCUUGGCUGUGCUGAGGGGACUAACUGGGAUAUAUGGGAGAACAGGGUAUAGUUGGUCAGUGAUGACAGAGAAUCAUAGAGAUGGCCAUCUAUUCCAACCCCCUGCAAUGCAGGAAUGUCAGCCUGUGAGGGCUGUUGUGUUGUGAACAGGGCUGGAUUUGAGGCCCUAAGCUACUGAAGGUAAUGGGGCCCUUUAUAUGUCCAGCUGUCCUUUGUCAACAACCAAUUGUCACUGUUUUUUGUGUGGAAUAUAUGCUAUAUUGUAAUUUAUGGACCUAAUAGGUAUCUAAAGCCAUUUGCCACUGUUGCUGUAUGUAAGUUUUAUUUUAUUUUAUUUUUUGGAAAUGUACAUCCAGUUUUUUUCCUUUAAUUUUUUUUUUGGGUGGCCCCAAGAGAGUGGGGCCCUAAGCUAUAGCUUAUAGUAAAUCCGGCACUGGUUGUGAAUGUGCUUGGUUGCUGUGAAUAUAACUGGCUGACCCUGCAAUUUUUGGAAGACCAGGUUCCCUGUGUCCUGUGAGAAAAUGGCACAAAUGAGGCCUGGUCUGCAUAUCCAGGAGAAUGAGGUGGUAGAACUUUAAUGUGGUAGGAUGGACUGUAAGAUAAAAAAAGGUAAAGGACCCAUGGACAGUUAAGUCCUGUCAAAGGUGACUAUGGGGUACAGCGCUCAUCUCGUUUUCAGGCCGAGGGAGCCAGUGUUUGUCCACAGACAGCUUUUCAGGUCAUGUGGCUGUACCAAUACAGACUGCAAGACAGGGGGAUGAACACAUGUUUGAAUGCUUCUCCAUAUGGAACAAUUCCAUCCAAGCAGAAAGUUAGAAUAUCAGGGAGUCUUAGCCAGCUAGUUUUCUACUUAUGGGAAGAUAUAUAGAGGGAAAUAUAGAUAUAGAACAUAUGGGAUUAUUUUUUAUGGAAUUCACUCUAUGCCUGCAGUGGUCCAGUUAAUUCUUCUGCCUUGCAACUGGACCACUCUGAUUCUAUUGUGUGUGUGCAAGCAAGGCCUGAGAUUAUAGCUCUGAUAUGUAUGUGCAAUAUGACAAGUCUUUGAGGAGGAGCUGGGUGGCCAGGGAAAGAGGAGGCAGGGAGGAAGAGGCAAUAAUAAUAGACAGGUAGAAUCAACUGAAAAAAAAUGUUCAAUUCUGAGCAUCCUACAAAGAUUCAGGAGGAAACAGGAGGAGAAUUGGGGGUGAAUGUGGCGCAACCCAACCUCUCUUGUAUGUCUGAAGCUAUAUGUGUGAAAGUUGAUGGUAUUUGCUUAUAUAGUCAUCCGUGAAGGUAAAGCAGUAUUAGCUAGGGCUGAGCCAAAAGUCGCCCCCCCCCCCAUCUCAAAUCUGACACCUUGUCUGUAGGCUGAAAAGUUGGGACUCUUAUCUGAUUUUUGUGGUGGGGACUGUAAAGUUUGCCAGGCAACUGUGUUCCUUGUUGCUGCAAGGAGCCAUUUUUCAAACCAACAGUUCUUGAGUGUGGGAAGAAGAAGCCUGAUUUGGCUUCAGAUGUCAUUUUUCAACCAAAUCUCAUUGCUUUACAUGUGUUGUGAAGUCAAAUCAGAGUGAUGGCAGAGGGCAUUGCUGCCUUUGCUCUGAUUUGGCUUCAGGUGUCAUAAUUCAGACAAACCUCAUUAGCUUGCAUGGGGUUAUUAUGGAGCCAAAUCCCAAUGAGGCAGGAAGGAUCAAAUUUAUUACUUUACUAUUUGCUUGCUCUGCAGGCGGGAUGGUCUGCAGGAUUUAACUUCGUUCCGCAGGGUCUGUAAGACAGAGCUAUUCCGCCUGGCUUUCAAUUUGAACCUAGCCUGAUCUUUUAUUCCCCUUCCUUCCCUCCCCCUCCCCUUUUUAUGAAGAUUACCCGCUCUGGGAUCCCACAGCUAAUUCUCCCUGGUCUCCUCGCUGGCCCAAAUAGGACUAAUUUAGCCAGCUAGCCCUGGUGAUCAUCUAAUGUUUAUUGGAUGGAUUUCCCCCCUAAAUUGAUUUUUGAAUUCUGAAUUUAUUGUUAUUCACAUUGUAUACUGUAUUUUAUGCUGUUUUUUGUUGCAUCAAUUGAGUGUUUUAAAUUUGUUGUUAGCCGCCCUGAGCCCAGUUUUCUGAACCGGGAAGGGCGGGGUAUAAAUAAAAAUUUAUUAUUAGUAUUAUCAA